AUGACUCAAGAGCAACACAUACAAGUUUUUGUAUCAAAACAAUCGGACCAAAUGAAACAAAACUACCGUGUUUGGUUAACUUCAUCAGUAAAAUGCAUCCGGUUUCUUUUAAGGCAAGGACUUGCUUUUCAUCGUCAUGAUGAAUGCAUCGACUCACUUAAUCGAGGAAACUUCCUUGAGACCUUAAAGCUCCUUGCGAAUAAUAAUGAAGAUGUUGACAAAGUAGUGAUGCAAAAUGCACCUGAAAAUCACCAAAUGAUUGCUCCUCCCGCUCAAAAAGAUAUAGCCAAUGCAUUUGCAAUUGAUGAGGCGAGAGAUAUAUCAAUUAAAGAGCAGAUGGUUGUGUUUAUUCGAUAUGUGGAUUCAAGUGGGCAUAUUGUUGAGCGUAUUCUUGGAAUUAUUCAUGUUCCUGACAUUACUUUUAUGUCUCUUAAAGUAGCCAUUGAAGAUCUUCUAACAAGACAUGGAUUAAGCAUUUCAAGAAUACAACGCCAAGGCUAUGAUGGAGCAAGUAAUAUGCGAGCACUUGUGGGUGUUGCAAGGGAUAAUUAUGUUGUUGGAGAUUUUUUUGUCACUGUCUCGCAAUUGUGCAACAUUACUUAUUUUGUUGAUGUAACUUCUGAUCCUGCUUUAUCUGCUUUGAAUGGUAUUGAUGAAUUAGCUCAAAAAAUGGUGGAAACAGGAAGGCAUUUGGACUACAGGAUGGUGUAUUUGCUUCUAAAGUUGUCAUUGAUCCUACCGGUUGCAACUGCUAGUGUGGAAAGAGCAUUUUCUACUAUGAAGUUAAUCAAGACACCUUUACGCAAUCGGAUGAGUGAUGAUUUAUUAAAUGAUUGCUUAGUGUCUUAUGUUGAGAAAGCUAUUUUUGAUCAAGUUUCCAAUGAAGCAGUUCUACACCGGUUUCAGAAUAUGAGAGAGCAUAGAGGAGUAUUAUCCCGUAAUUCAUCAUAA